CCAUAUUUCAGAAUAAUUUCAUCAUAUAGUAUGCUUAUACAGUUACAUGGUCUUACAUAUACUGCAGUCUAGUUCUGACGUACGAAUUUGAGUUGUUGUAGUGAAGGUUAUGAAAACAUUUUGACAGGAACAGGGAAUUUCCUUUCUUGUUUUCAUCUAUCUGUUUCUUCGCAUUACACUCAAUCAUUUUUAAUUUAAUUAUGUACUUGAAAUUUUGUGAAAUAAUGGGAUAGACCUUCAUGCAUGUAGCAAUUUGACUGUGCAAUCGCAAUGCAUUUGUCUCAUAGUAAUUUAUUUGGAAUUUUGAGGUUCUCUUUGGUAUUUUGUUUGUUUUUGUUUUUUUAUCGUUAUUGCCGUACUCCGAAAUCAUGCCCUGCAUCUAACAUCAUUGUGGCAAAACGUAGAAAUAAUGCCUAUUAGCUUUUAAGUAUUGCCAGAAUAUUCUCCAAAGACACAAGAGGUUUCUAUGGCUUCCUCAAAUAUCAGUGGAAAAUAAUUCUAUAUCCAUUAUGGAUUCGUAAAUUUUUAAUAUUUUCAUGAGAAAACAUGUUUCCCCAACAAGGCUCUGGGAUGAACAGACCAGUCCACCCUCCUCCUUCAAUGCCAUCUGGUUCUAUCCAAGGUUUUCCUGGAAUGCCUUCGAGCACUAUGAUGUCAGCUGGUGUCCCUGCAGCAGGAUAUGGCCUGCAGCAUGGCUUUGUGGGAAAUAUGCCUAUGGCUCCAAUGUCAUCUGGUCCUGUGAAUGUACAACCUAUUCAGAAUAAAAUGUGGCAGCAAAAUCAACAACAAAAUUUUAAGCCACAAAAUAUGCAAAAUCAGCAGCUGCUUCAGCAAUCUCAACAAAAAGAUCAUAAGCACCGAGACUAUCUGAAGCAGCAACAGCGGUUGAAGGCAAUGCCCCUUUCUUCUAGCCAGGGAAUGAGUGCUGAUACUUUAAUUGGUAACCUCAUGGAUAAGAAGGAUACAUUUACACCAAGGCAAAAUUCUCAGGGACAAAUAAAACAACCUGGUGAUCGACCUGAAUUAUUGGGGCAACAGGGGAGACAACCAAUCCAGCCAAAUCAGCCAAAUAUAACAGGAAGCAGAGGUGCUGGUGGGUCAACUAAUCCUAAUGACAAUCUUCCUGGGUGGCUAAUUCCAAAUUCUGCAAGACUCCCCCCCAUAUAUUCUCAUAUUUGGAGCCUUGUCAAUGACCCUGCUUCUGGAGGUGUGCUAGUAGACACAAACAAAAUACUGGCCUUACUUUUGACAAGCAGUUUGCCCAAAGAAGUUCUUGGUUUCAUCUGGAACCUAGCCACUAAUGGUGCAAAUGUUCAAUUGAAUCAGCAGCAAUUGUAUAUCACUUUAGCGCUUGUUGCGCUUGCUCAGAUGGGCUGUACAUUUAACAACCUCAGUGUACUGAACUUCAUUCCAACACCUCCGAUACCAACUUUUAAUAUGAAUGUGCCAAAGUCUUCAGUAGAUGAGAAACAAAAGCGAUCUGAUUUAAAUAUGAAGCCUCCUGCUCCGAACGCUGCUGCAAUAGCCCUUCCUUCGUCAUCUUCCACUUUGGUUCCAACAUCUGCGCCAGCACCAUCAUCUGCUCCAAUUCCAACUCAGGCUGAUGAUGAUGACUUUGAUGAUUUCACUGACUUCCAAAGUGCUGACACGUCUGCAGCACCAACUUCUAAUCUUCCAAAUUUAUGUAACUCUUUACCAGCUACUGCAGUUAUCCAACCAUCAAUGGCUGCAAAACAGGUUGUUAAUGAGUUAAACCACAGUGUGGUCAACAAAUUGGGACGUAGCCAGGGCCGUUCAAUUGGAAGUAGACUGGCAAACCAUACACUAGGUGCACCAAAAUCCAAUCAAAAACCUCGACGUGCUUCCAUGGACAGUGAUAAUUUUUACAUUCAAGAUGACUUUGCUAUAGGUUUUGAGAGAAACCAAAAUCAAAUGAGAGAUCAAAGAGGGGCAGAAAGAAAUGAAGAUUUAUCUGAAAGUGAGGACUUUAGUGACUUUCAGGUUGCUGCUGGGCUAAACGUAAAUGUCGAUGAGCUGUUUCCGAAAUGCCACCCAAAGUCCAAAUCUCAAGAUCUGGUUCUAAAAGAAAGUGCUAUAAGGAAUGAAUCUGAUGAUGAAAGUUUUAUUAUAAAUAAGGAAGAGGAGCUCCUCGACUUUGACUCUUCUACUAAGCCACCACCUGUGGAACUCAAAAGCAGACCAACAACAGUAGAAAUUCCACUAGUUGCUCCACCACCAAACAAAGCUACCAAAGAACUAAUGUUGGUUGAAGAGGACAAAUACAGUGCCUUGCGAUUAAUUGGGCUUGACAGCUCGGGGAAUACUGCUUCCCAAACAUUGGGAGCUACUUCCAAGAGUAGUGACACAGAUGACUUUGGUGAUUUUGUCUCAGCAGAUGACUUGUUUGCAGAAAUAGCUGAGAGAGAUACUGGAAAUUCGGUCAAGCCAAUCAAUCCUCCAACAGACAGCAACCAACAAGUACCUUCUGUUCUUAAUGUCAAAUUUGCUAUUGAUGAUUGGGGCCCCUCUGUUUUCCAGAGCUCUCAGGCUGUUCAGAAUUCUGUAAACACUGUUCAAAAUUUGUUUGAGGCAGCUCCUACUGCUGAACCAAAAAAUAAGUUUGAAGAUUUAUCUGCAGCCUUUGUGGAUUUAGAUAUUUCAAAAGAAAGUGGAGAUCUUCUCACAAAAACUGAUGCUCCCUCAUCAUGGAGCUUUGAUCUAGACCUAGGAAAAGAAUCUGCUGGAUUGAAUCUCAAUUUGAACUUCAGUAGUGUGCAUGACAAUGCCAAUGAUGAUGAUUUUGGUGAUUUUGUUGGCCCUGAUUCAAGCCAGAUUGAAGACACAAACUGUAAAGCUGCAUCAGGCUUCCUUGUUGACCAAUUAUGGUCUGAGGAUAGUUCCAAAAUGAUGCCAGGCUCUCUUUCAGAUAAUAAGUCUGUCAGUAGUCUUGAACUGCCAGGUGUUACCCUAAGCCGUCAUGGAUCUCUUCCUUCUUUAGAUCUGAAUCUUUUCCCAACCACAGACGACCUGACAGACAAAGCUAUGAACUCAGAAGUUUCAGACUGGCUCAGAUGCUUGGAUAGUUCGUGCUCACUACUUCAAGCUUCAGCCAGUACUUUUACAAAUAUUACAUCUCACUCUGUUCUGCUUGAAGUUUUGGGAACAGCAGAGGGGCGCAAUUUCUUGAAUAAUCUCUUAGAAGUCCACAGAGUUACUUGGAGGAUCCAGAGAAGUUAUCAGCGGUCUGGUCAUGAAUCAAAUCAAGUGGAGACAGUUUUAGCCAGUAUUCAAAAAGUUUGGUCAACUUUACAAACGUUUUACAAACUUGCAAACAUUGAAACAGCUGUUGAAAAAGAUGGCAGUGAUGAAGAAAGUGGACAACCUGCUUGUGGAGUUUGCGGAAGUCCGGCCAGUCGUAGUGUGUUAGAGUAUGGGGGACAUGUGUAUCAUGCUCCUUGUGCCAAUUUGUGGCUUAACUCCGUUGACCGGACUUUACCCUCACAUUUAUCAUUGCUUUAAAGACGUAAUGUAUCAAGAAAACCAAACUACCUUAAUGCUUCAAAUCGACUUAAUUUUGGUGCUUAGCUUAAGAUAAAAUGGCCCAAAAAUCUUAACCACCGUGGCUCCCACGUUUACCAAAAUUUUGGCAACCACUUUCUGCCUGCCAGAUUUUGACGUUCUUUUAGAGACUGCCACUUGUUAACCUCCUUUUGGCUUCUUUAGAAUGCCAAAAUUUGACCUCCUCUGAAAGAAGGAAAUUUUGGAAAGCAAAGCGGCCACAGUGUUUAGAGUGAAGGCUGCAUGCAUAUGCCUGUUUUUUGGGUAUUGUGUGAAACUACAUAGUUUUCUCCUUUCUUUUGUGGCUUGAGCAAAAUGUACUGUUAUUGGCUAUGAUAUGUUAGCUCCUCAUCCUAAAACUCAUUCUACCAACAAAACAAUAGCUAAUGAAUCUCAAAAAGUUGUUUUAAUUUAUGUAGACAAAGACACAGUACAGCAAUCUCGUCUAUUGAUUCAUUUUGUAGAAAUAGGAUAUCCCUUUUGCAUUUUUUCUUGGAGGGGGGGGGGUGCCUUAAACAUUGCUUAAGCCAUUCAAUGUUUACCAUGUGAUUUCUUUUAUUUUCUAAUCUUAGGUAAUAACCAGGAAGUGGUCAUAAAAGUAGCCAAUUAUUCUCUUCCAGUGUCCUUCAUAAGUCUGAUCGCUUUUUAGAUAGUCAUCCUUACAUAUGUAGAUGCAUCAGUUCUUAGAAAAUUUUCGCUUUUAAUUCAACCUGUUUUGAAGUAUCGUACUUUAGCUUCUCAGAGUUCAUGUGGUGUCCUGGUUAAAAAUGUGAUUCAAAAGUUUGUGUUUUUGUUAGUUUCUGCUUUGCUACUGAGCCAUUGAGAAGGAUUGAUGGAAAAUUGUUCUCCAGAGAAUCAUUAUGAAACUCUUUUAUUUAAUUAUUUUACUGUAGAUGUAUUUUAUUUCUGCUUUUUAAUAUAUCGCUUGGUUUGGUUCUGAUAUUAUGUUAGUCUAGUCAUAACAAAAGCCUUUCAAUGCAUGCUCAAGAUAUUUUUGUAAUGUGAAGUGUAUUGGGUUGUCUGAAAGUUUUGGAUAACAAAUGAAACCUUGUUAGUAGCUUUGUCUGAUUAGAAUAAUUUUUACUCUUCAAUUGUGAUCUGUAGACUGCACAACCAUAUUUCCCAACAGUAUUUGAUUGACUUCUGUAGCAUGUCCAUCUUUACAUUACAUCUUUUUCAAGCAUGUGUGUAGGCGUCUGAGAGCUCGUUGCCGUCCGCAUAAUCAAUGUAUUAUUGUUAUUAUAUCAUAUUUGAGAUUACCUAUCUGUUUCCUUUUGGAGACUUUUUGAAAUGAAAUAUUCUAUUAUGUAUUGUUACAUUUUUGAUGAAAAACUAUUAGGCUACUGGAGUCUUAUUUUAAAACAUUCCCAUACUAUGUACGAAGUUGUUGAUUUUAAUGUUAUCUCUGCUAAACUAUGAUGUAGCAUAAGAGUUACCAAAUCUAGCCUAAUAAAUUAUCAUCCCUCCAA